CCCCACACCCCCAAAAUUCCAACGCAAAGGCCAGAGCUUUGAGGUCUUCCGCCCCGUUGCGCUACGGAAUCCUAGAUUUCGCCUAGCUUAUCCGAAACCCUAACUCUCAAUCACCGAAACCCUAAAAAUUCAUGAAGAAUCCCAAGGGAUCCGGCGGCAAAGGCCCCUCCCAGAAGGGCCCCUCGUCAUCCUCCGGCGGCGGCAGCCGAAAGUCCCGAUGGGAGAACGACGACAAGUCCCCCUCCGAAUUCCUCGCCCCGUCCUCCGAUUCCAAGCCCUCCAAGCCCAAGGCCUCCCCGGCCCUCGUCCCCAAGAAUCACCUAACCUCUCCUUCCCCCGCCGGGCUCCGCCCUUUCCAUCACCCCGAACCCGCCGGGCCCCCGCCGCCUCCGUCCUACGGUUUCCACAACCUCGAGCGGCGCACCAUCGUCCUCGCAGACGGCAGCGUCCGGUCCUACUUCGCCCUGCCGCCUGACCCGCCGAUUGACCCUGCUGCUGAUAAGUUCCCGUACGGCAGCCCGGGGUUUGGUCUCGGACCGGAGACUGCCCCCGGGUUGGGGUUCGUCAACCACUUUCCGCCACCUCCCGGAAGGAGGUUCAGCCCCGAGGACUUCCGUCAGCCACCACUGAAUGGCCGUGGCCCUGGGCUGCAGCGCGAUUACUGGGAUUCUCUUGGGCUUGAUGGUCCUCGGGGUCCCUUGGAAGGUGGCCCUUCCUCAUUAAAGAGGAAGUAUGGCGGGGAAGAUGAGUUCUUGUGGCACCGUCAGCAUGUCAUGCAGCAUGGGAACCCUAAUGGUAUCCAUCUUGGCCCUUCAGGAUCUGGUGUAGAUCGGAGGGAUUACUUGGGUGGCAAUGGCAGCCCUUUUGGGCGGGAUCAUCAUGAUGAACCAAGGUUAUCGAAGCAGAUGAAGCUGGGACGAGAAAGUUAUGAGGAAAUGACCCCACGUAAGACUCGCCCUGAUGAUGCACCCCCUGUGGUUUUGGAUGUGGAUACCCAGGCUCUGAAGAGGGCUUUCCUUAGGUUCUCAAAGACGAUUAAUGAGAAUUUAGCACAAAGAAAAAAAUAUUUGGAUGAUGGAAAGAAUGGACCUCUGCACUGUGUCGUCUGUGGCAGGGCCUCUAAAGACUUCGCUGAUGUGCAUGGGCUUAUCAUGCACACAUACAGCUCACAAAAUGCCGACUUGCGUGUUGAUCACCUUGGGUUACACAAGGCCUUGUGUGUGCUUAUGGGAUGGAAUUAUUUAAAGGCCCCUGAAAACUCCAAGGCAUAUCAAUUAUUAUCUGCUGAUGAUGCUCAAGCAAGCAGGGAAGACCUUAUUAUAUGGCCCCCAACAGUGAUAAUUCAUAAUACAAGUUCAGGAAGGAGAAAAGAUGGUCGCAUUGAGGGUAUGGGUAAUAGAGAGAUGGAUAAUAUACUUAAAGAACUAGGUUUUGGUGGCGGCAAGUCGAAGUCAAUAUAUGGAAAGGAGGGCCACACGGGUAUCACAAUGGUGAAAUUUGCAAACACUCAAGCUGGGAUGAAGGAGGCUGAGCGACUAGCAGAUUACUUGGAGAAGGACAACCAUGGACGUAAAGGUUGGGCACGUGUACAAGCUUCUCAGUCCGGUGGUGAUGAUAAGAAUCCCACACUGGUCAAAACUGAUGAAAAGACUGGUGAGAAGAAGAGGGUCCUAUAUGGAUACCUGGCAACCGCAUCGGAACUUGAUAAAAUUGAUUUUGAUAUGAGAAAAAGGGCUGUCAUCAAGAGCAGAAGGGAACUCGAUCUAUCUGACUAGUGCAAGACAUCCUUCAGAUUUUGCCAUGAACCUGUGCUCACUGCUGGUGUUCUUCAUGUCAAGGGAACAUGUGUUUCUGUGCUUAAUUUUCCUCUAAACAGAUUGCAAUGUAAUUUGGAAAAAUAGCUACUUGGAUCAGGAUGGCUCUGCAGGUUCCCAUAUAUUUGGUUUGUUGUGGAUUUUACCUCGGCUACGAUAGAUGUAACUAGGACCAUUUUUAAUGUCAUCGAAAUAUGCCAUUUGUGCAUUCAA